UUGAAACUGAUGACUAUCAAGAAAGUGAUAGUGGUUUAGAAAAUAAUUCAAAAUAUCUUUUGCUUAAAGCUACAAUUUCAAAUGGAUGGAGCUUUCGUUGGGUUGAAAAUAAAGAUUCAAAAGAAAUUUUUACUUAUUUAAAUCCUACAUUAAAUCUUCCAACUCGAAAAUAUCUAAGUAGAAAAAUUUUAACAAAUGCAAGUUUAGAUAUAAUUUAUUUAAUAGAAAAAAAAGCUCAAUUAGAUACAAUUGAAGUACUUGUAUGGAAAGUGCAAAAUGUUAGUACAGAAAGAAGUAGAACUACAGAAAUUAUAAAAAAAAUUGAAACUUUAACUAAAAGUUAUAAGAAAGUUUUAUCUAUGGCACAAAUUAAAGGUGUACUUAAUCAAGCACGUAGAAAUCAAGAAAUUGAAAUGAUAAAAAAUAUGUACUAUUCAUCUUCAGCAAAAAUUAGUAUUGAGCCAGAAGAAUCUAAUGAACCGGAAGAAUUAAAUGAACCAGAAGAAUCUAAUGAAUCUGGUAAUUCAGAUUUAGAAGAUUUUGAAAGCGAAGAUAUGACAAGUGGUGAUAAUUGGGACAAUAUUAUGUCAAUACUAAACCAGAUGCUAAAUUAUGAAUCAGAGGCUAAUAUCGAAGAAAAUGAUGAUUUACAGGAUGAUGAUAAUAUUUCUAAUAAUAGUGCUUCUUUUUCUGUAAAUCGUAUUCAUCCUCAAAAAGAUCCAAAUGCUAAGUGGGAUUUGGAUACUUUAUUUUGUAUGGA